AUGCUGGGACGCUCAUACUGGCCUAUGCUGGCUAUGCUAAGUCUGCCUUAUACUGGCUAUGCUCAUGCUAUACUAUGCUGGUGCUUCAUACUAGCAUACUCGGAUUCUAACAUUGGCAGGCUCUGCCAGCACUUCGGGGUGCCCGCCAAGUGGCUCUACACCCUCGACAUGCGGCCGAAGCGUUCGAAGCUCGCGCUUGAGGACAUGCACCAGGUGAUGGUUGCCCUCCUGAGAAGCUACUUUGAGAGUGAGGGUGCUCACAUGCAUGGGGACCUGCGGCGCAUCCGAGUCGCCAUCAUCCCGUACAAGAACGCCAUCAACGCCAUCGAACACCAUGCCAACAUCAUCAUGUUCACGAAAUUCCCGCACACGCUUGGCGACCCAUCUGUCCACGGCGAUGGCCGUUUUGGUGCUCUUCCAAGCGAUGAGAUUGCCAGACUCUACAGUGAAGCAUCUGUGGUACUUGGGACCACCGAUUCAUCACAGCGGCGACUAGGCAUGGUCAAUAAUCGAGUCUUUGAGGCGUUGGCCUGCGGUGGGGGUCGCCUUAUAUCAGUCGAGGAGCAAGGUGGAGAUGGAUUCCCAGAGUUACAGGCCAUGCUGCGAGGACACGGUGACGUGGUAUAUUCUGCCACUAGUGCGGCAGCAGCCGUGGCUUCAGUAUUGGCCGCGCAAAGGGCAACACCAAUGGUCAUCCGCUACGAUGCCGCAGCAGCUCGAGAGCACAUAACUGAUCGACACACAUAUGAUGCUCGCGCAGCGGGGGUCUUAGAAAGCGCCGCACAGUGGCACGGCGAUGGACGACCAAGGCCAAAUCGGCCUCUUCUCCUCCUCGUGGUCGAUGGCGGAACUACCGCCGACUGGGCACUUUUCUACGGCCUUCUUCCUGCGUUAUUGGCGCUCGAUCAUACCUGGCGUGUUCAAGUCGUGGACGUGAGAACGUUUGUAUUGGCUGACUGCGGUGGCGCGGCGCUCGUUGCUGCUCGUGGAUCCUGGGGGGGGGUCGCCACGCGUGCUGUUGCAGCACUUAGUGACGUGGCCGCUUGUGCUGUGGGUAGUGGCAUCAACGGUGAGCCUCGGCGUCCAUCGACAGCACUCUUUUUAGAGAGACGCUUUGUUGAUGGAGAAGUCCUGCCUCCUGAUGUGCAAUGCUCUGAGAUGUUGCGAUUCGAUGCCAUAUUCCACGACUGCCUGGGUGCGCUCCCAGCCUGUCUGAAGGACCACCCAAACGCCCAGAUCGCACUCGGGGUCGACGUUGAAGCUUUUCGACCAGAACUAUCGGAAGCUAGUAUACUGAGGGCCUCGAGACAUCGUCGUGUCAUCUUGGGGAGAAAUGCGCCCUGGUACCGUAUUGGACGCUCCCUCAAUAUUUCCGCUGGUGGGUGCAUCCUUGCUUUCAUUCUGCCCUCGUGGCGUGAUGAAGCGCCUGACACCUUGAUAAAUCGGACAGGCUGCGUUGAUGUACGGCGCACGCUACGUAUGGAGGCGUUCCCCGCAGCCUUGCGUGCGGGGAUUUCUCUCGAAGUACCUUGCGCUCCACAGACUGGAUGCGCGUUCUUGGUUCUCGCGGGUCUCGCCAGUGGUAUCCCAUUGCGUGUUGCUGAUGAUAAUCCGACACUUUCAGAACUAGGUCAGCUGAGCCAGGCCAGUUUAUCCCAGCUCUUCUCUCUUGAAUCCCUUUCCCACGUACUCAAGCACGGUCUUGGACGAGCCCUAGACUCGCCUCGCUCUGCGGCCAUGGUCGAGGUCGUGAAACCAAAACCCGGAGAUCAAAUACCAUGUCAUGUCGAUACCAAUCGACCUGGCCCAGUAUGGAGUUGUGCGCUUCCUGUGACCGUGCGCCGCACUGACUUCGUGCCUCCCGACGACGGGGUCUGGUGCGUGACUGUCAAUGAGAUGGAAACUCUCUGCCAGGGCGAUACAAAAGAUCACGCAACCGCCAAUUUUGAGCUUAUUUCGGAUUUGGGAAGCGCGCCUGCCAGCAGGGGAAUGCCAAUUGUAGGAACCAGUCUCCUCUGGCAGUCCGGCGAAAGCGCAAAAAUAAAAAAAAGGCUCCGCGUAAAACACGCGCAAAAAACGACGUGGCGACGGCCCACGUAA